GGCUGUCAGACGCCGCCAAGCUUGUGCAGGGGAGAGGCUGAGAGAAGGGUAGGGGCGCGAGAGGUUCUGGCCAGCGGCUGCCGAGGAGCCAGGGAGCGAAGGGGAGCCGCUGCUGACCGCUAGCGGACGGAAGCAGCGGCAGCAGCGCUAGCGCUGAGGUGAGGAUAUGGUUUCUUAUUUCCUGUUAAUGUGAAUAGAGAUGCUUGUAUUAACUUAAAAUGGAAGGAUUUCCAUGAUUUACAUUACCAGUGUUUGCUGUGAACUAAUAUUUUGUCCAAAGCAUAGGAUCAGUAACUGUGAAUGACCCCAAAUGAUCAUAAGUGCACCCCAAAGACUGACUAGUUCAGGGAAUGUUCUUUUUGGGAGUCAGUACACCACAGCACCAGCCAUGGUCACACAGACACAUGUAACAGAAGCCACUGCUUGGAUCUCAGGGGACAGAAAACGAACUCAAGAUUUCAUGGAAGCAGAUUUUUCAGAAAGUAAAAGAAGUAAAAAAGGAGAUAAAAAUGGAAAAGGUCUGAGACAUUUUUCAAUGAAAGUGUGUGAAAAGGUGCAAUUUAAAGGAACAACAUCUUAUAAUGAAGUUGCCGAUGAGCUGGUAUCAGAGUUUACAUCAACUGCUAACAGACACUUAGAUACACAGUCUUAUGAUCAGAAAAAUAUUAGGCGGAGAGUCUAUGAUGCCCUUAAUGUGUUAAUGGCAAUAAACAUUAUUUCGAAGGAGAAAAAAGAAAUCAAAUGGAUAGGUCUUCCUACAAACUCAGCUCAAGAAUGUCAAAACCUUGAGGUAGAAAAGCAACAACGUAUAGAACGAAUAAAGCAGAAGAGGUCUCAGCUGCAAGAACUUCUGUUACAGCAAAUUGCUUUUAAAAACUUGGUACAAAGAAAUCAACACAAAGAGAUUUGGGGCCCUCCAUCUGUGAAUUCUACAAUACAACUACCUUUUCUCGUAAUAAACACAAGCAAAAGAACUGUUAUAGAUUGCAGCAUCUCUUCAGACAAAUUUGAAUAUCUUUUUAAUUUUGAUAAUGCUUUUGAGAUCCACGAUGACACUGACCUAUUGAAGCGAAUGGGAAUGUCACUUGGUUUAGAGACAGGCAAAUGCUCUUCAGAAGACCUAAGAACUGCUAAAUCACUAGUGCCUAAAGCUUUAGAAAACUAUGUCACAGAUAUGUAUACUAAGCAUGACUUAUUUUUAGAAUCAUCUCAAACACAUUCUGCUUUGGAUAUGGCUGAGGAUACUGCUACUUUAAAGUCAAGUGGAGAUCCAGGGCUCUGUCUGGAUGCUGAAGUGGCCUUAGCAACAGGACAUCUACUACCCAGCAGUCCAAAGUCAAGCAGUGCUGUCUCACACUACUCAGAGUCGUGUGGUGAAACUUCCUACUCAUUCAAUGACGAGGAUGAGGAUGACGUGUCUUCCCCUGAAUAAAGGCACACCAGCCAAAUGAAGUACUGCUGUUGUGCACUGUUUGUGUGAGCUUACAUUCUUUCUGUAGUUCUCUUCCAUAUUUUGCUUCUUUGCCCUAAAUGUUUUUAUGAAGAUUGGAAAAGACUGAUGUACAGUAUUAUCAGAGACAAAGAAACAGCUGAUAACUAAUUAGAAGCAACAUAUUAUGACAGAGCAAGCAAAUAAUACUGUAUUUAAUUCUGUUCAUGUAGGGAUGGUAUAUUGAUGCCUCCAAACAGCAGAUAGAUUCUCUGGCAUUUUUGUCAACAGUACUUUCAUCUAGUCCAUGCAGUGCCAUGGACCUUCUCUUCCUCCCCCAAGGUGCUUGGCACAUACCCACACAGCAGAGUGAGGCACAACAGCAAUAAACCAUCCAUUUGAUCUUGCAUUGCUCCUCACGGUGGUUAUCAGUUGUUUUUAUGUAUUUGCAUUAUAAUUAGUCCUCACCAGAGUGUCACUGUUUGGGAUAUGAAGAGGCUUGGUGUAUUGGAACCAAAAGAGCCUCUUGGAGGUCAGAUGACUUCAUUUUGCUUCAUGAUCCAGUGUGGCUGCAUGCUUACCAUCCUCUAUGGUCUUCCAGGCAAAUGUAAAACCCUCACUAGAGCCCAUGACAGAGUCCAAGAGCCCACGUGGUCUGCUACAACUUUGUGUGUAUUGUUUGGGACCCAAAUGCAGAAUGGUUGAAUUAGUCCACCGUGUUUUUUUUCCCCAUUUAGUGCCAAGGAAAGUAACAGCUUCCAGGAAGAGGAGUGCAGAGAAGGAAAAGGCACCAUUCUGCUUUCAGUGUUGUGGGUAAUGCUUCCUUAUCUGCCUUCAUAUAUUCCAUUCAUCAUGUAUGAUACUUGCUGUCAGAUCUCUGGGAAAUUUCCUUUCUUUGAAAACAUUCAGUAUGUAUAUUUAAUGCCAACAUAUUGAAUUAGAUUAGAGCAGAACAACUGUUGGGUAUACAGUACUUUGUUCCAAAAUCCUUACUGUAUAUGGAUUUGCUGUAGAAGGAUUUUGAGCUCAAUAUGUUCCAUUGUAACUUUUUGAAAUUUAGCAUUAGUAUUUUCCCAUAUUGCCAUUUUCUCUUUCUGUUAUUAAGCAGUGAGACAGUGCUCCCGGCAUUUUCUCUGCAGCUGCUGGUUUUUAAUGUUUUUUUAAAAAUGAAGAAAGUAGACUGAGAGUAUUUAAAUAUGACACUAAGUACUAGCAUUUUAACAGAUCUGUCUUAAUUUCCAUCUUAAAUGUUUAUAAAAGUGAAUCAGAGAGGGAGCUUAAAUGGUAGCAAAACCAUAACCUUUUCCUUGUAGAAUCUUGUAUUUCUGUAAAAUUCAAACAGUUUUAAUUAUAGAUAAGGAAUUAAAUUAUGAAAGUUUGCUUUCUGUUUUUAUGCUAAACCUGUGAAAUAUUGCAGAUAUUUGACUAAAACACAGCAAAAGACUAAAAAGGGAAAAACAUGGGAACAUUUAUAACCUCACAUUUUAAAAAUGGAUCUAUACAGCUACAAUUAUACAGUGCUGUUAGGAAAAGAAACUCUAGUGUCUUAAGUGUGACAGCAUGGAUGGAGACAUAACUAUUGCUCCCUAUUAACUGAGUAAUGUUUUAAAAUUUUACUUUAAUAAAGCAGGUUCAGCCAAAGUGGACAGUACAUACUAGUUUCAUCACAGCAUGAUUUUACUACAGAUCACUAUUAUUUAAAGAGCAACUGUUUAGUUUUAAGGAUACAUUGCUACCCAGGAGCUAAUAGGAGUCCCUUCCAAGUUUUUAUGUUACUGUUUGAGGCUUGGCAAAUCAUUAGGCAACCUUUUAUAUAUCUCAAAUACUGGCCGUCACAAAACCUAAAGCACAGAACUCUAAAUAGAGCCGUAAUUGAUCAGGCAUUGCUUUGUUGGUGCUGGCAAAAUGAGAAAGGAGGUAUGCAGCUCCUUAAAGUUUGGAGAAAUGGUAGAAUAAAAAUGAAGUAACCCUUAAUUUCCUGUACUCUACCCUGUUUCCCCGAAAAUAAGACCUAACCUGAAAAUAAGCCCUAGUAUGAUUUUUCAGAAUGCU